AUGUAUCAAGACUGUUAUGAAAGACCGCGUAAACGCCAACACUACCACCUUGAUGAUUUACUUGAACGCGGGAUUUUACACCAUUUUAGCAACACCUAAAUUAGUUCACAAUAAUUCUAUGUUCUAUCUCAGUGUAAUUCUGACAAGUUAUAAAGUAAGAAAUUAGAGUAGGUUCAACAAACAUCUUUUUAGUUAUUACUAUUUUUUAUUAACAUUAUUUAAAUUCUUAGUUAAUUAAUUUUGUGGUAAAGUACUCAGUACUAUAGGCUAGCCUAGUAAAUUUUCCAAAUAAAAAUGACAUCUAACAGCAAUGGAAGUCAUACUAACCACAUAGAAGAUAAAAAUGGAAAACAAUCCAGGGAUGUCAAUAGCAAACGAACAGACUAUCUGGAAUGGCCGGAGUACUUCAUGUCUGUAGCGUUUUUAGCAGCUAAACGGAGCAAAGAUCCUUGUUCACAAGUUGGAGCUUGUAUUGUUAACAAGCAACACAAAAUUGUGGGUACAGGUUACAAUGGGAUGCCAACUGGUUGUAGUGACGAUGAAUUCCCUUGGGCCAAGGAAUGUGACUCUAAAUUGGACAGUAAAUAUCUUUAUGUGUGUCAUGCAGAAAUGAAUGCUAUUGUGAACAAGAAUUCAACAGAUGUUCGAGGCUGUACGAUUUACGUUGGGUUGUUCCCCUGCAAUGAAUGUGCCAAGAUCAUUAUACAAUCUGGAAUAACAGAAGUAAUUUACCUUUCUGACAAGCAUGCUCACAAAAUUGAAACUAUAGCUGCUAAAAGGAUGUUUGAUGCUGCGGGAAUCAAGUAUACACAAUACAUUCCUAAAAGCAAAAAAGUGACCAUCGAUUUCUCUGAGAUAAACUGGAAUGAACAAACUCAACUUCCUCCCACCCCAGUCAAGCGGAAAAUUGAUGAUAACUGAUUCAAGAUUUAUGUGUGAUAAUCUUUAACAUGGAUAAAGUCUUUCAAGUUCUUAACAUCAAAGCAUAAUAAUAUCAAUUUUAUUGUUAGUUUAUUUUAAAACAUCAAUGAAAACAAUGGUUUAUUGUUUGAUUGUAUUACCAAUUUCCACCAUUAGUGUAAUAAAAUCCACUUUACUAAAUGUUUACAUGUUAUGUAAUUUUGUUAUGCAUUUGUAUACAUUCAUAAUAAGUACAGACAAUAAAUCUAUAACUGUGGAUUUUUUUAACUAAUUCAUAUUUUGUCUAAUGUUACAUAACAUAUUUAAUUUUAAAUUUGUAUCUAAGAUUUUAAUCCUAGGAGGUUUUUUAAUUUUUUGUUUGAUAUAUUUAAAUAUGAAUUAUAUUUACAACUUUUACAAAAUUUGACUGGUACAACUAUUUUACAUGGUGCGUAUUUAUUUCUAGAAUUAAGUUUUGUGAUAGCCAUUGUACUGCGUAUACUUGUGAUGGAAAGUUUAAUUAUGUAUGAAUUUAUGUAAUUUAAGUAUAAUGUAUGUGCUAGUGUUUGGUAUAUGUUACCAUUUGUGCCUUUAUCCAAAGUUUUUACAUUAUCCGAUUUAUAAUAUUCAUAUUGUCUUUUUAUUAUAUUAAAUUGACUGUUAAUUAAUUAAAAACAAAUAUAAAUUUAAA